GGCGAUUGACAUAUUUAUACAGUAAAACGGCCGCCAACUCGAACCGCUGCAUGUUCCCUCGUCUCUGAGCCGACAAUGAUACGGUCAGGUCGGGUUAGACUUAGAAGCUGUUGGCAAUAGCAUUAGGGAGUCUCUAACGUAUUCUUCCCUUCCUCGUACCAUGUUAAAGCUCACGAAAACUCAGACCUUUCUUACAGCAAACCAUGAAAGAUUUCGCCUUUUACCUCUUUCUCAACUUGCUGCAACUGUAGACACUCAAGAAACCUCCCUCAAAUCCCAAACCCAUACGCAAAAACCGUUGGAAUCACAUCCUUCACUCCAUAUAGACCCCAAGUAUUUCGUCUCUGUUUUGUUAAACUGCAAAAACAUCUUUCAAAUAAAACAAGCUCAUGCGCAAAUAGUUGCCAAUGGGUUAUUAACUAACCUCUUCGUUUCAAACAAACUCCUUUACAUAUACGUUCAACACAAAGCUAUAGAUGAAGCUCAUGCUUUUUUUGGUGGAAUGAGAGAGAAGGACCCGGUUUCUUGGAGUGUUAUGGUUGGUGGGUUUGCUAAAGAUGGUGACUUUGUGAAUUGUUUUAGAACUUUUAAGGAGCUUACUAGGUGUAGUGUUCAGCCUGAUAAUUAUACUUUGCCUUUUGUUUUGAGAGUUUGUAGGGAUAGGAUGGAUUUGUUAAUGGGUAGUUUGGUUCAUGGUGUUGUUUUGAAAUCUGGGUUGUCUUGGGAUCACUUUGUUUGUGCAGCACUUGUUGAUAUGUAUGCAAAAUGUAGGGUUAUUGAUGAUGCUCGUAAACUGUUUGAUGAUAUGCAUAAGAAAGACCUUGUUACUUGGACUGUUAUGAUAGAUGGGUAUGCCGAGUGUGGGAAUGCUAACGAAUCGUUGGUUUUGUUUGAUUGGAUGAGAGAGGAAGGCAUUGUUCCUGAUAAGAUUACAAUGGUGACUGUGGUUAACGCUUGUUCAAAAUUGGGUGCCAUGCAUAAGGCUAGAUUUGUUCAUGAUUAUAUAUGUUCAAUGAAGUUUAGUUUGACUGUAAUAUUGGGUACUGCAAUGAUUGAUAUGUAUGCAAAAUGUGGUAGUGUUGAUUUUGCGAGAGAAAUAUUUGAUGGGAUGCGAGAGAAGAAUGUAAUAUCAUGGAGUGUGAUGAUUGCUGCUUAUGGAUAUCAUGGUCAAGGCAAGAAAGCACUUGAUUUGUUUCCUAUGAUGUUGAAUUGUGGGAUAAUGCCAAAUAGGAUAACUUUUGUUUCACUUUUAUAUGCUUGUAGUCAUGCUGGUUUGGUUGAUGAAGGUUUUGAGCUUUUCAACAUUAUGUGGGACAAAUAUGGUGUGAAACCAGAUGUGAAGCAUUGUACUUGCAUGGUUGAUCUGUUAGGUCGAGCCGGGAGACUUGAUGAAGCCUUGAAGUUAAUAGAGAACAUGACAGUUGAGAAAGAUGAAGGGCUAUGGAGUGCUUUUCUUGCAGCAUGUAGAAUCCAUAAACAUGUAGAGUUGGCUGAAUGGGCUGCAAAAUCACUUCUCGAACUGCAGCCACAAAAUCCGGGUCACUAUGUGUUACUCUCCAACGUUUAUGCAAAUGCCGGUAUGUGGGAAGAUAUGGCAAAAGUUAGGAACUUAAUGACAAAAGGGAACUUGAAAAAGAUCCCGGGUUGGACCUGGAUCGAGGUUGACAACAAGAUUCAUCAGUUUAGUGUUGGGGACAAGUCUCAUCCUCUGUCUAAGGAGAUUUAUGGAUUGCUGAAAAGUCUGAUCGAGAAAUUGGAGCUAGCUGGUUAUGUUCCGGACACAAACUUCGUGUUACACGAUGUUGAUGAGGAAGUUAAGGUUGGAAUGUUGUAUACACACAGUGAAAAACUGGCUAUUACGUUUGGUCUUAUUGCCACACCUGAGGGAACUCCUAUCAGGAUCACAAAGAAUCUUAGAGUUUGCGGUGACUGCCACACGUUUAUAAAGUUCGUAUCAGCUAUUACAAAGAGGUCGAUUAUCGUCCGAGAUUCGAAUCGGUUUCACCACUUCAUUGAGGGGGCUUGUUCGUGUGGAGACUACUGGUAAUUGGCAGGAUAGUUUUCUUCCUACCAGGCAGUCUCGGGUUUUCGAGGACAUUGUAAAUGAUAGAAUUCAGACUAAUCCCGGGUUUCUUUUAAGGUUUACGAAACUAAAACAUCAAUAUCUUAUCAACAAA